AUGGCUCAAUUUCAAUUGAUGAUUCUGCUCAUUUUCUUGGCUAGCCAAAGCGAAUCAGCCAAGGCCCACCUAAAACUGAUGUGGAAAACAUUCAACUGCGUCACUAAUCCGGACUACAUCUCCCAACACAAGUGCUUCAUUGUAGAACCUGAGAAGUCCGCAAUCACCGCUGAGCUGCAAUACAUCAAGGAUCUUGCCCAAUUUAAUGCCACUUUUAAGCUGUUCAUGCCUCGUAAGCCUUCCCGCAGUUUUCAGAAAGUAAUCGAUGUGAAUGUGGACAUAUGCCAGUUUGCCAAGGGAAUUCAUGGUCACAGAUUUAUGACAAUUGUCAUCAAAGCCUUCGGAAAGCAGGCAUCUCAGCUGAAGUGUCCUCACCCCAAGGGCCUUUACGUUUACCCCAACAUCAAUAUUGCCGAAAAUUUGCCAGCCUUCUUGCCAGAGACCGAUUUUAAAAUCGAAAUGAAUUUUCUGUCACCCGAAACGCACGUUUUCAAUACCACUCUCACUGGUUUCCUGUAUGAUCCCAUCAAAAGGAAAGCAUAGUCUUUGCUUUGCUUGCCUAACUAACUAAAGUGAAUAAAAUGUGUGUUUAAC